AUUUUAAAUACACUUUGUUAAGACUGUGGAUGAUUAUUCUUACUAUUCGUGACUAUUUUUCUGAAUUCUGAAGUCAAGUCGACCAUUUUUUUAGAUUCAAAUGGCGACAUUAUACCGUUCUUUUAAUACAAGCAUUUCUCGCAUUCUCGAAAAAUCAACAAACAGAAUAGCUUUUUCGCCUUUAUAUAAACCAUAUCUUACUUCAAGUUUAAAAAGAUAUGGCGUUUUCUCAAGGUCCACGUUAGAAGUUAAAGGCUGGGUUUACAGUCCUGAAGUCUUUGAAGCUUUACAAGGAAAUAAACCCCUUGUAGCUUUAGAAUCUACCGUAAUAAGCCAUGGUAUAAAUAAUACAAUUCCUCGUAAAUAAAAAAUACUUUUUAACUUCUCCCAUUGUUCAAGGUAUGCAAUAUCCUCAGAAUU